GGGGCCGCGGCGGGAGCCAGAGCCGCCGCCACUCGAGUGCGCAGGCGCCAGGCGGUUACCGGUCUCGCCAUGGAGCGGAAAGUGCUUGCGCUCCAGGCCCGAAAGAAAAGGACCAAGGCCAAGAAGGACAAAGCCCAAAGGAAACCUGAAACACAUCACCGAGGCUCUGCUCCCCAUUCUGAGAGUGAUCUACCAGAGCAGGAAGAGGAGAUUCUGGGAUCUGAUGAUGAUGAACAGGAAGAUCCCAAUGAUUAUUGUAAAGGGGGUUAUCAUCUUGUGAAAAUUGGAGAUCUUUUCAAUGGGAGAUAUCAUGUGAUCCGAAAGUUGGGAUGGGGACACUUUUCAACAGUGUGGUUAUCAUGGGAUAUUCAGGGGAAGAAGUUUGUGGCAAUGAAAGUAGUUAAAAGUGCUGAACAUUAUACUGAAACAGCUUUAGAUGAAAUUCGGUUGCUGAAAUCAGUUCGCAAUUCAGACCCUAAUGAUCCAAAUAGAGAAAUGGUUGUUCAGCUGCUUGAUGACUUUAAAAUAUCAGGAGUUAAUGGAACACAUAUCUGCAUGGUGUUUGAAGUUUUGGGACAUCAUCUGCUCAAAUGGAUCAUCAAGUCCAACUAUCAAGGGCUUCCACUGCCUUGUGUCAAAAAAAUUAUUCAGCAAGUAUUACAGGGUCUGGAUUAUUUACACACCAAGUGCCGUAUUAUCCACACUGACAUUAAACCAGAAAACAUCUUGUUGUCAGUGAAUGAGCAGUACAUCCGGAGGCUGGCAGCAGAAGCAACAGAAUGGCAGAGAUCUGGAGCUCCUCCACCUUCAGGAUCUGCAGUCAGUACUGCACCCCAGCCAAAACCAGCUGACAAAAUGUCAAAGAAUAAGAAGAAGAAAUUGAAGAAGAAGCAGAAGCGCCAGGCAGAAUUACUAGAGAAGCGAAUGCAGGAAAUUGAGGAAAUGGAGAAAGAGUCGGGCCCUGGGCAAAAAAGACCAAACAAGCAAGAAGAAUCAGAGAGUCCUGUUGAAAGACCCUUGAAAGAGAACCCACCUAAUAAAAUGACCCAAGAAAAACUUGAAGAGUCAAGUACCCUUGGCCAGGAUCAGACACUUACGGAGCAUGGUGUAGAGGGUGGUGCAGCAGAAAUUAAUUGCAAUGGAGUAAUUGAAAUCGUUGAUUAUACUGAGAACAGUAAUAAAGAAACAUUGAGGCUUAAAGAGGAUCUCCAUAAUGCUAAUGACUGUGGUGUCCAAAAUUUGAAGCAGGAACCUUGUUUGCUAAACUCCCAAAAUGGAGAUAGCAGUACAUCUCAAGAAACAGACUCUUGUAUACCAGUAACUUCUGAGGUGUCAGAUACCAUGAUGUACCAGUCUUCGUUAAAUGUAGACCAGUCAUUCUGUGGACAGGACAUCAGCCAACUUCAAGAAAGCAUUCGGGCAGAGAUACCCUGUGAAGAUGAGCAAGAGCAAGAACACAAUGGACCACUGGACAACAAAGGAAAAUCCACUGCUGGAAAUUUCCUUGUUAAUCCCCUUGAGCCAAAAAAUGCAGAAAAACUCAAAGUAAAGAUUGCUGAUCUUGGAAAUGCCUGUUGGGUGCACAAACAUUUUACUGAAGAUAUUCAAACAAGGCAGUAUCGCUCCCUGGAAGUUCUGAUAGGAUCUGGCUAUAAUACUCCUGCUGACAUUUGGAGCACCGCAUGCAUGGCCUUUGAACUAGCCACAGGAGACUAUUUGUUUGAACCUCAUUCGGGAGAAGAGUAUACUCGCGAUGAAGACCACAUUGCGCACAUUAUAGAGCUGAUAGGCAGAAUUCCAAGACGCUUUGCCCUCAGUGGGAAAUAUUCACAGGACUUCUUCAAUCGCAGAGAUCACAUUGCAUUGAUCAUAGAACUUCUGGGGAAGGUGCCUCGCAAGCUCAUUGUGGCAGGAAAAUAUUCCAAGGAGUUUUUCACCAAAAAAGGUGACCUGAAACACAUCACAAAACUGAAACCCUGGGGCCUUUUUGAGGUUCUAGUGGAGAAGUAUGAGUGGUCUCAGGAAGAGGCAGCUGGCUUCACGGAUUUCUUACUGCCCAUGUUGGAGCUGAUCCCAGAGAAGAGAGCCACUGCUGCGGAUUGUCUCCGGCACCCUUGGCUCAACUCCUAAGCCCCCGCCCAGAACGCAGCAGAGAUCACACACUGACCCUCUGCCCCUCCUCUCCAAGCAUAUCCCACUUCCCUUUUCAGGGUGAAUCUCUUCUCAAGGAUUUCUAGAUUUUUUUUUUUUUUUUUAAUCCAACAUGUUCAUUUGGGUUUGCUUACUUGACCCUGUGGAGAUCCCCCACAGCCAUUGGGCAUCCUAGGUGAAUUUGGCCUUGAUUGGGCUCUGCCAAAGACUAAUGGUCUAAAAAAUGUGAAAUUUACUCACCCUGUACCCUUGUCUUUCCAUUAGUUACACCCUUUAAAUUAUAAGCAUCCUUUUUAAAAAGAGCUAUGAAGAUACAUGAGCUCUUGCUUUUAUUCACUGACUCUAAGAGUCAAAUUUUCUAGUGCAUAGCCUCGUGCCAGCAUAAGGAUGAGAAGGGGGAAAGGGUGUUACUUUUGUGUACAGCAGAGACAUUAAACUUGCUGUAUCCAGGCUGCAUUAUCUUCCUGGAUUGUUUCUGUUGUUCUCUCUGUUCACAUUUUUCCCUGCGACUUUUAAAGCUACUGUCUCUAAAAAUAAGCUGUAUAAACACCGAAUUUGGGUACCAUUUUAUCACUGUUCAAGCACUGUCAUAUUCCUUUCAUCCUUUAAUAACUCUUUAAGAUUUUUUUUUAACAAAUAGAACCAUUGGCUAAUAUUAAUUUCUUGAGAACCACAAAUGUUCUGCAAAUAGUCCUUUUCUUGUGUUACUCUAACAGCAGUUGUUAUGAUUGACUAUUUUUGAUGUUGUUUUUUAAUCCCUGGGCUGGCACUUGAGUUUGUUGCCCCAUAACUGAAGAAUUCAGGAAGACUGUAAAAAGCAGAUCUGGGUUUCAGAGAUUUCUCUUCUGAAUAGAAAAUGCCAUAGAUUCUUUUCCAAGCAGUUCCCCUAGUUUUAUUUACAGCUUGUUUUUUGAACCUUGUCCAACAUUUUGGCCUUGAAGCAGUUUCCCUCUGUGGCUUUGCCUUUCUCAUUUUUCCAGAGGCUUCAAGUCUUAAAUGAAACCCCAGGAUAAAAGAACCAAGGGGAGGGAUGGGACAGCACUUUUUUCAUUGUUGUUUAUUUGGGGGGGAUUUCGUUGCUGGUUUUUAUUAAGAUUAGCUAUUCUCUGCUGCUAUUUCCUUGUCUGAUGUAAGUUUUUAACUCCAAUUUUGAGAUGAUUGCGAUGUACUUGAGACUUUUUUUUUUAAUGAGAAAAGGCUUUGUGAAUCUUAUUAUAAGAUGGGCCUCUCCUAGACUUGCUCUAGACAUUACAUAUUCUCAGUUAAUACUGAAAAGCAAAAGGGACAGGAUUUGGGUUACAGCUGCUUUUUCAGCACGGACCAAGCGGGCCUUGCGGAUUACAGCAUUCUCCGAAGCAGCUAUAGGACUCUGAUUUUAUGAAGGCCAAGGAGAUGCAACCUGAGGCUCUACUUCUACUAUUAAAGCUGCCAGUGCAACUGUUGGGUAGCUGACUUUGUAUAUGGGAGAUUAGAAUCUAGAUUCUGUCCUCUUUCUCUACCACCAAUGAUGGCAAAGAAAAAAGUGGUGCCAUUAUACAACCCAUGUAACUCAUAAACAUAGUACCCUCAGUAACUAUGGCCAGCCAGUCAUCAGAUUCUCGAUUGGGUAGUCCUAAAGUCAGACAUGUUCCUGGAGAAAGAAUUUUAAGUGAAGCUAUCUAUGCACCUAUCAAGAAUAAAGAAUCGAUUGUAUCAGCCAACGGCAGGGAAAAUCCUUCAGCAAUUCUAGUCCACUUUGGGUUUUCACAAAUAUAUAUACAUCUAAAGCAAUAGCAGACUAGAACUGAAUUCUUUACUGUAAAAACACAAUUGUGAAUUACAGGAAUUAUGAUAUUAAGGUGAAACAACCAAAAUACACACACAGGCAUACAAAUGUAAGGACCCAUUCAAAUAAUUGACCUGAAAACCAAUUUUAAUAAGAGUGCUCCUGUAACUUCAUUUUGGAGAUAUCCACCAAAUAAGGGCUUUUCUCCUAUCAUUUAAGGAGCCAAAUGAAUUAGAAGCCGUGGAAAGGGGCAGCUACAGAAUUUUAUCUUCCAAGUACCCCAUGUACCUCAAUCAUAAUACUGUCAAAUUGCCAUGAUCGCAUUAAAGGAAUUCUAUUUGCUGUCAGUUAAAAUAAAGCCCCAAAUACAUUUUUAUUCUUUCUACUGGGUGCAUUGUCUGUUUUCUUUGUAAAUGCAGUACAAUAAAACAAAUUAUUUAAUAACCUA